GGAGUAAAAAGGAAAAAGCUCGAGGAAGAAAAUGCAAUUGGAAAAUAUUGUAAAUAUAGAUUUCUCAAUUGUAUGUGACAAUAUAUUCUCGUUGGACUGUACGGUCGAUGUCGUCGUACAGUCAACUUACGAACGAACUUUAAUUGUCGAUCUUUGCCGGAUAGAGCUCUCUAGAGGAGUUUUUUUUCACGGAUUCUCCGUGAAAAACAAAGACAAAAGAAAAGAAGUGGACAAUUUUUGGAGGUUAAAACAUAUUACCACGUGAUCGUAACCUUUCUUUUUUUUUUUUUCGGAAAGAUAUUAAUUUUCAUCCAAUAGGUUAAUCGUAAAACGUAUACGAACGUUUCUAUGGUUCCGUGAAAUUCGAACGAUCGGGAGGUUAAGAUCGAAUCAUGACAAAAUAAUCUCCACGGGGACUGUACAGCCGAAGUUGUAUUGACCGCGGCGUUUUCUCCGGUGCGGCGGAUGUGUUUCAUCGAAAAAAAACAAAAAAAAAAAAAAAACAAAAGUAAAUAAAUAAAUAAAAAUAAAUAGAGAAAAGAGAGGGGAGAAAAAAUAGCUAAACGUACACACGUACGUACUAUAAUCGGCUAAAUGUUAAACAUCGAAAGGAUUUACUCGUCGUAAGGCGUUCUUUAGUGCGCGUUAAAUGUCGACAAGAUUGACGUGAGGUAAAAAUCAUACCUUUCCUUUUCGUUUCUCUUUUCUCUUUCUCUUUUUAUUUCAUUCUCUUUCUUUCUUUCUUUCUUUCUUUCUUUCUUUCUUUCUUUUUGUUCUUUUUCGUUUUAUUUUAUUUUUCGUGCCUAAGACGUCAAGGUUUCGUCGAAAGUCAAACGCAGAGCACAAUGACGAAAACGAAGAAGAAGAAAUAUUUUUGGAUCAAUCGAAUUGCAUUGAAGUGACAAUGACGUUUCGAUUAUAUUAUUUGGAUUCGAAUUUCAUCAAAAAACACGACACAGUUUAUUAUACAUGUCGUCCUUUUUGGACGAAUAAAGUUUGUAAAAAUCUUGAUGGUGAUGCACAGCCAUUUGUCACGUGGUUCUCCUACUUUUAAUACGUCACUUGUCGCGUGAAAUUUGAAUUCUUUUUUUGUCCUCUCCUUUACACAAUUGUAAAUAAAUUAAGAUAAUAACAAUGGGAAAGACAAGGGGUGUACAUGAAACCACACCGGAAUUAAGAAAUCGUAUGGUUGGAAUGUACGAGGCUGGCUUGGGACUUCGUGAAAUUGCAGCUGCAGUUAAUUGUUCGCAACGUACAGUCAAAAGAUGGCUCAAUCGAUUCGAUAAAGAAGGUAAUGUGGAAACCAGAGAACGUUGUGGUCGUAAAAGAGCUACAACAGCUGAACAAGAUGAAGCGAUAAUCAGGCUUGCUACACAAACACCUUUAACUGCUGCGAAAGCUGUGCUUCCGGCUUUAGGACUUACCUGUUCUGUUGAUACUGUACGAGAGAGAUUACAUAAAGCAGGAAUUCAUAGUUGGACUCCAUCUAGAAAAUAUAUGCAAAGGAUUCCACUUGGUAACGAUACAGAUGGUGCAGCUAUUCAACAAGCCGUAUGGAGACCUACUGGUACUCAAUUAGGGAAAAAGAAAUCAAAUAAAGAUACCAACAAGAAUGAUAAAAGUAUUCCAAAAAAGAAAAAUCCUCCACGCAAAGUAAGAGCCAGAGAUAUAUAUGUUGGCGAUGGCGCACCCGUAGAUAAUUUAAAACAAUCUAAUGAACAACAAGAGUUUGGAUUUGCCCAACAAAAUAUUCCCCAAGAACAAACUAAUGAAAUACAAAAUGCUACACAAACUUUACCUGACAAUCAAACAGAAUUCAAUAGUGGAUUAACUAUGAAUCAACAGCCACAACCAAUGUAUCAACAUCCUAGUAUGAAUAUCGCACAAAAUAAUUGGCCUCUUGAUCUUGUACAAGGCAGUCAUCAUUAUCCACAAGGUCAACCAACUGCAGUAACUCAUAAGCCAAUGGCACCUCAACAUCAACUUCAAGAGCUUCAUAGUCAAGGAGAGCAACAUCAUAUGCAACAAGUGCAACAACAACAACAACAACAACAACAACAACAACAAAUGCAGCAACAAACUCAGCAAAGAUUGCAGGAAGAAACGAAUAUUCAUCAUUCUAAAUUUGACUCUCAGCAAGCACAAAUUCAAGUUGAUCAUCAGGUCCAACAACAACAAGAACAAAGCCUACAAUCAAAAUUAUCUAAUCCUGUGAAUAGUAGCACAAAUAUUGCUUCAGAUAGUUCAAAUUCGUGUAGUUCUCUUGAAAGUAAUCAAUUGUCAAAUACAGAUAGUGUGCAAGUUGACGAUACACCAAAGGCAGAAAGUGAACAUUCAGAAAGACAAAAGAAAAAAAAGAAAGGUGGUAAAGCAAAGGGAACACUAGAAACUAGUGUAGAAAUUAGAAAUCGUAUGAUUGGGAUGUCGGAAGCAGGAUUAUCUACAUUAUCCAUUGCAUUAGCAAUUGAUAGAUCGGAACGUACUGUUAAAAGAUGGUUAGAACGUUGGCAUAAAGAAGGAAAUGUACAAACGAAAGAAAGAAAGGGUCGUCGUCGAAUUACCACUAAGGAACAAGACGAAGCUAUUGUCGCAAUGGCUACUCAACAUCCAUUAACCGCAGCAAAAUAUGUGGCUCCUGCUUUAGGAUUGAAAUGUAGCGUGGAUACGAUUAGGGAGCGCCUUCAUAAAGCAGGGAUACAUAGUUGGAAACUUGGAAAGAAACAAGGAGAAGGUAAUGCAGUUCAUACGGUUCAUCUUUGGCAACCUAGUGGUAAUCGUCUUAAUAAACCAAAAACUUCUGGAGAUAAGAAGAAGAAAUCAAGUGAUAAUAAAAAGAGAGAUCAUUCAACAAAUAAUAUACAAAAACGAAUAUCUAGAAAAAAGAAAAUUGAUUCUUCUCCUUUAAAAGUUGUACCACCACCAGCAAAUAUGGUUCCUGAACAAGCUCCUAUGCCUUUCCAUAAUCCGGCAACGAUGCCAAAUUAUGUUGGAAAUAAUAACAUAUUGCAGCCUGUUCAUAAUAUCUCUGCACCUCCACCAUCAAUUCCUCAACCACAACCACCACCGCCUCCAGGUCCACCUCCAGGACCGCAAUCAAUGCAACCAAUGGGUCCUAUUAUGCAACAAAGACCCGAUUGUAGAUUAGCUCCUUCUAUAGUUCCACCUGUAUCUACUCAAGGUAAUUCUGGUGCAGUUUAUGCAUCAUGUUUGGUGGCAAAUAAUAAUCACACAGGUCAUAUGGAACAACCCGAUCCAUUAAAUUAUGAACCAUACAUUUGGAGCUUUUAAGAGGUAAUGUCUUUUAUUAUAAGUUUAUAAAAUCUCUCUCUCAUUUUUUUUACGAUAAAAAUUUAGUUAUUUAUAUAUAUAUAUAUAUAUAUAUAUAGUGAAUCUUCUGAUUAGAUCUCACUAAUUUUAUGUUCAUAUAUGUCAUUAUUUGCUGUGAUUACUGCCUUUCAAUUAACAAAGAAGAAAGAAAAAAAAACUGAGAAACAUAAAACGCUUAAAGUAAAAGUUUAAAAUAAAUUUAUGUAACUUUGCACCUUUUGAAAAUUUACGAACUAUUUACACAUAACUGUUAAGUAUUCCAUAAAUUUUCAAUGAUAAAAAACAUCAUUAAAAUCAGAUGUUACUGUAAAUACUUUGUAGAAUGUAAAUUUGAAUCUGUCAUUACAAAAAAAAAAAUGGCAUGCGUGAGUAGAUAUAAUAUAAUACACCAAAUGCAUUACAAAAUCUUUUAAAUAUUUCUCCUAAUAACAAGUUGUCGUAAUUAGUUAUAUUAAAUGAUGUAUAAAUCAUUUUUUAUUGUGUAUAUAUAAAUAUAUAUAUUUAAAUGACGUGAGAGGAAUAUUUAUUUUAGGAACUUGUAUUGCAUAAUUAAGGGAAAAUAAUUUUAAAACUAGUUGUUCCUCCGAGAUAUUGAUCAUAAUUGUGGUAUAGUAAAAUAAUACAUACAUUAAUUUUUUUACAUCUUAACUAUAAAUAAUAAAGCAAUAUGAUAUUUUAAAAAUGUUACAGAUGGGUAGAAAUUUGUAUCAAAAAUAGAGUACAAUCUGGUAUAUUCCAGUAAUGUGUAAAAAUUUGAGAGUUAAAAAGUAUUAGAGAAAAAGCAUUAAAAUUUUAAUACUGUGUGUGUGUGUGUGAGGGGGAUUCAAUUUUAUUGAAACUCAAAUUAAAUUAUUUUAUAUCGAUUAUAGGAACAUUCUACUAUCAUUUUUAUUUCUUAAUAGAUAUAAAUUAUGUAUUUAUCAUAAAUAAAACAGUAUUCUUAAAGAACGUCCAUAUAUAAUACUGAUAAUACAUAUACAAGUUAAUAUAUAUAAUUGUGUAAAAAAAAAAAAAAAAAAAAUAAGUAUUUGCAUGUUCAUAUUACAUUAUAUCAAAUCCAGUGUUUCUUAACAUUUGAUUAGGAUCUUUAAAAAAAAAAAAAAAAAAAAAAAUGUGCAAUUGUAUACUGUAUAAGUAUGCAAGAAUGAUAAUGUGUGCUCAAAUAUCGCAUACAAUCUGACAAAUAAAUAUAUCAUAUUGUAUUUUGUUACAAGCAUAGUAGUUUUGAGAAUGCAUACAAAAAUUGCAUAAUUUAUCAUUAUUAUAAAAUUAAUAAAAAAAAGUCUGUAUAUCUCAUCUGAUUACAGUUUAUAUUUUUUCACAGGUUACCUACAUAAAUAAAGUAUAUCUCAUAUCACCUAGUUAUGAUACAGUUAAAGUAUAAUAUUACAAAGUGUUCCUACA